AUGCUAGACGCAAGAAAUAUUACAAAUCUUACGCCCUCAUGUUCAAUUUUGAUGUUACCUCAAGCUAAGAGUAUUGAGAUAUUUGGUAAUAAAGUCACUUUUGAAUCACAUUUUUCAAGUUAUGCUUGUGCAGUUGAUUCAAAAUGGAUCAUAAAUCAAAUUCGCUUAUCAGAUUUUAAGAAUUCAUUUUUUGGAGGCUUUGUUUCUAAAAGAAUGCUUUUUGGGCAUCAAAUGGAAUCUAUAAUCAAUUUUAUUAGAAAUACGUCACUUCAUUGA